AAAAAGAUCCUAUUUUGAUGCCAUCACAAGAUUCACGGCUGUCUGUGGGUACUAUUAGACGUGAGGUUGGGAGUAAAGUAGAUGCAGUUGAACAAAUUCAAGAGACCCCUCUUGUGAUCAAAUCGACUUCUUUUGGUUCUGAGCAAAGGAAGGUGGGACCCAGUGAGCUUCAGGGAGUGGGGAAGAAUGUGGUUUCAGAGUCAUCUUCACGACCAGGAUCAUCUUCUCAUGUUCCAAGCAAAACAUGUGAUGGUUAUAAAAGGAAAGAGGUCCUUUUAGAGGAUCAUGAUCCAGUAUGGCUGGAGCUCCAACAUUCCCAUAUAGCAGAUGCUAGUGUACGCUUGCAUGACAAGAUGACAAAUUUUGUGUCCAGAAAUAAAGCUGCUCAGAUGCAUGGCAAAGAUGGUGGGGAGAUGUCUACUCGUGACUUGCAAAAGAUGGUUCAAGCAUUGCCACAAUAUAAUGAACAAAUGGACAAACUAUCCCUCCAUGUUGAUCUUGCUGGAAAGAUUAAUGGUAUUAUCAGGGAGAUGGGGCUUAAAGACGUGGGGCAAUUAGAGCAAGACCUUGUCUUUGGGGAUGCAGGAACAAAAUAUAUCAUUAAGUUUCUCAAAGGACAAGAUGCAACAGAUGAACAAGAGAUCCGAUUAUUAAUGAUAUACGUAGCAACUCAUCCCGAGAAAUUUGAGACUAAUAAACUUGCAAAGAUAUUGGAGUUAGCAGAUUUGCUUCCUGAAGAUAUGAAGGCAAUUUACAAUAUAAGAUUUCUAGAGUCAGCACCAGAUAGUAUGAACAACUCAAACAGUGGCUUCCCACUAAAAUUUGAUAAUAAGAAGCGGUGUGGUCUUAGAAAAGAUCGUCCUGGUGAAGAAGCGGCUUGA